AUCUACUUUAAUUUCAAUAAAUUUAAAGUAAAUGUCCUGCUUUGGAAUUUUUCCUAUUAGUACUUUUAUCAUUAUUAAUUUUAGUUAUUAUUGCCUAAUUGAAGUAUAUUUAUCCCCAUACCAUAUUUUUUUAACUUUAAUCUACUUUAAAACAGUAUUUUAACAUAUUAGUAAAAAAAAAAAAAAAAAAGUAAAGUACCUCUUUCAGACCUUGCUAUCUUUGGGGCAGAUGAUGUAAAUGGCGUUUUAUUAGCCAGGAAAGCCAGUGACUUGGCAGAAUUUAGGUCAUUGGUUAAUAUGCAUGACUAAAUGCAUGAAGGGUAGGACGUAAUCAUCUACUUUUUUGAAGUAACCUCUGUAUCAUAUAAGAUAAGAUACUUUUAGUUUUUGUCACUAUUGCUUCCUGGACACCCACUCUUUUUUUUUUUUGCCUAGCAAAUUCUGCUUCAGUGCUUACUUAGCUUGUGAUGCUGGUUAGCAAUCUUAGCAAUAUCUGUCCAAUUCAGCCCUAUUGACUCUUUUCCUACAGGUAUUUGGCUGGUUUUUUGCAGGAGAUCACUACCUUAUUACUAAUGGUAUCUAGCCAGUUUUAUUAGUCCUCCAGGUCUCAGCUUCUUGUCAAAGCGGCCCAGCUUGGAUUACUCUUGUUUUGCUUUGCUAAAGCCUGUUAUUCUUUUACAUCAAUUCUCUUAUUUUGUGCAUGGUUCUGACAUCUUACAUUCCAAUGUUUUUCAUCUUCUUGGUCUUAGAAUGAUAUUUGGUGACUUUCUUUUGGCUUUCUUUUUGUUUCAUGAUUCUUUCUGUUGUUAGUUUUUUUUGGGCUAUAGAAUUUCUGGGUUGCUCACACAUGCCUAGUUUUUCUCAUUUAUUCUGACUUGAGACAGGCGCAGACUUGGUGGAUGAAUACUGACCAACUCCAAAUUCUACAAACCCUUCAAUUUGAUCAUACAGCAAAAACCUUUGGCCUAAACAGAUCUGUCAAUCCAUUGUAUGUCACCAUCAUCAUCAGUUUCAGCUUCAGUCAUCUGCAUGUUAUUAGAUGCAACAAUCAUUCUUUGUGGUCAUAACUAGUGAUCCCUUGUGCAUUAUCUCAUCAUUGAAUCCAUCAACUUCUUGCAAUAUAUACGUCAUAAGCAUAAGAUCAAGUACUAACAAUUAAGCACUUGAGAAAUCACUUCUUGUAUGUCAUUAAAUCCAGCAGUUUUGUCAUCAUAAUAUAAAAAUGGAAGUGAAUCAGUGAAAUUGGGAAGUCAAUACACAAUUGGAAAUCAACAUUGUUAUUCUGUCUGUUUGUGAACAGUCAGCUAAUUAUGCUCUACAUCAUCAUUUCUUGCUAAAGUCCUAUGCAAAGAACAAGAAAUACUCAAAAGCCUCUCUGGUUGAAAUUUAAAAAGCAUGGAUCAUUUUAAAUACAGCUUUGGCCUGCCACAAUGCAUUGACUCUACCAGUGCUGAGGUAGAAUGGGCAAACAUGAAACAAAAAUUACAUGCACAAGCUCACCAGGACUCUGAUCAGAGACAGAAAGCUUUCUUGAUAAGCAUCGCAGCAGAUCAAGCUCAAGAAAUAUUCAACAACAUUGGAUUGAGUCGUGAGGAAACUGUAAAAUUUGAUGACAUUUUACAAAGAUUAGAAGAUGUUUGUCUUCCACGGUUUCUCAUUAUUUAUAGUCAGUAUAAAUUUGUUUCAUGCAAAUGGCAAACUGGGACAAAUUUUGGUGAUUUUUUACAAGAACUUUUGUACUGGUCUGAUACUUGUGACUAUAAAGACUUGAAAGAUUUGAUUAUAAAAAAGUGUGUAUUAAGUGGGGAUGUUGAUGAAACAAUUAAGAAGUACUUCAUGAAUUUGAAAGAGCUUGAUACACGCUCAGGAUUAAAUAACAAAAGUCAGGGCACAAAUGCACAGAUUAAUUCAGUCCUUGUUCAUAAUGUAGAUACUGAAGCAGAAAGAAAAGAAAUAAAAUCCAAAAAUGCAGAAAGUGCAGUGGAACCAUGGGAUAAAAAAUGUAAACCUCCUGAGAAUUUUUCAGAGGUCAAGGAUUCAAAUAUUAGUAACAAACUGGAACAAGUUCAAUUAUUAGAAAAUAAAAAAAAUAUACCACCAAGAUUAGUUACACGAAAUAAAUGUUAUGCGCAAACAGGGGUUGUUUUAAACAAUGCAGAAAAUGACAGUAAACUAAACUGUACUGCUGAAUUAGAUUUUCAAAAAGAAGUCAAAGACAAUAAUCAUGAAAUAGAAGAAAAGGUUUUAGAGUGUAUAAAGUGUAAGAAACAAUGUAGGGAUAGUUCUUCACUUAUUGCUCAUGUUUGUCAAAACAAUAAAUCUAUUAGAAAUUGUAAAGCAACCCAAAUGAAUCAUAGCCACAAGCAGAUCUCUAUAGAUGCGAGCUUGAAAAGACACAGAAAACUGGAACCUGCAGGAAAACAAAAAUACAGCUGUGAUGUCUGUAGGUCCAGUUUUGGCAGUCGAUCACAUCUUAAAGUGCACUUAAGGCUUCAUACAGGGGAACGUCCAUUCAAGUGUGACACUUGUGAUUCAUCCUUUCCAGAAGCAUCGAAAUUAAAACUUCAUAAACGAAAGCAUACUGGAGAAAGACCUUACAAGUGUGAGAUAUGUCCACGAACUUUUACCUGGACUGCUGCAUACAAACGACAUUUACGAACUCAUACUGGUGAAAAGCCAUACACUUGUGAAUUCUGUGGUAGCUGCUUUGCAGAUUUGACUUCUUUUCAGCGUCACAGGCGCUCCCACACAAAAGAAAGACCAUACAAGUGCGACCUUUGUGAUUCUAAGUUUACAGAUCCAUCAGCAUUAAAGUUGCACAUUCGUGUGCACACAGGUGAGCGGCCAUAUACAUGUAAGAUAUGUGGAUCCUCAUUUGUGCGUUCGCAGCACCUAAAAGACCACAUGAAGUUGCACACUGGUGAGAAACCAUUUAAAUGUAACACUUGCGAAGCCAAAUUUCUAGAGGCCUCCAAGUUGAAAGUUCAUCAGCGCAAACACACAGGGGAAAAACCCUACCUUUGUAAAAUAUGUGGUUCUCGAUUUGCAUGGACGGCAGCAUAUACAAGGCAUAUGCGAACACAUACAUUUGAAAAACCAUACAUUUGUGGCGCCUGUGAUGCGUGUUUUGCUGAUCAUUCAACACUAACUCGCCACAAGCGCACACAUACUAAAGAAAGACCUUACGUUUGCAAAAUUUGUCAAACUGAUUUCGCUGACAACUCAUCAUUACGUCGCCACAGCCGUAUCCAUACUGGAGAAAAGUCAUAUGUGUGUGAAGUCUGCGGAUCUUCAUUUGCUGUCAGAUCUUAUUUAAUGAGACAUAUGCGUACUCACACAGGGGAAAAGCCAUACAAAUGUGCUACUUGUGGUGCCAAGUUCACAGACUCUUCAAAACUGAACAGACACAACAAAAUUCAUUCAAAAAGUCUGCCUAAACCAAAACCUGAUCAGCAAAAUAAUUCCAAUAAUCAGAAAGAUGCUAAGGAAGACCACCAGCCACAUUAUCAGGAACUUCAUCCACUCAGGCUUUUAGAACAGUCACCACAAAAGAAUAUUUCACAGGAACAAAGCCACUUCAUGGAUACACAGCAAUCGGUGAAUUUAUUCGAAGGCAUGCACCAUCAACUUGUCCAACAAUGUAAUAUUAUGCCAUUACCAAAAACAAUUCCUUAUGAUUUUUCUGUAUUAUAUAUUUCUGAGACAUCUGUUGAAGAUAAGGUCUGCCUUUUUGUUGUUGUUGUUGUUCUUGAUGCUUCAGUUGUUAUCCAUGUUUCAGAACCAUACAAUUUUAUACAGCACAGCCAAUCUAAAAUGGACCGAAUCUGGUUUCAGUUUAAGUCAUAUAUGUUAAGCCAAAUGCAAUCCACUGGCCAGAUAACGACAUCAGUCUUUCUAAAGGAAUAUUUUCGCUAUAUGAAAUUAAAUAGCAAUACUGGACUUUCUGAAAGUGAUUUGAUAAGUACUGACUCUAUUUUAGACACUUUGGAAAAUAUUUGUUUUCCAAGCAUAUUUCUCAAAUUUCUAUGGUUUCUGCUGUUGAAUAUGAACAUUAGUUGCCAGGAUUUUCAGACAAUAAAUGAAAGCUCAGCUUCAGACUUUGCAUUGUUUGUGUCCUUGUGCCACUUGGAAAAAAACUGCAUGCAGUUUAUUAUUGAAACUAAAAAACAUAUUACCAUUGACCAGAAGGGGCAUAUUUGCAGCUCAUUAAGUUGUGCUGAUGAGAAUCAAGAAAGUAGUCUCUUAAUUAAGGAACUGUCUGUCAAAUUUAAACAGUUUGUAGAUGAUUCACCAAGCAUUCUCAAAGAUUUACAUCUGUUUCUUAAUAAUGAAAACAAAGUUGUUGAAAAAAAUAUUCAACAAGAUGUCAACUUUAAAUCUACAAAUAUUAGGAAAAAUAAUUGUCUAGAUUCAGAAAAACUUGUAAGCUUAAUUGACUCAGACACAAAGUUCACGUUGGAUGAUUGUCAGAGUUUAAUGUUCUUAGCAAGCAAAGAAGGGUCUACAAAUGUUGGCUGCUGUUCAAAUGUUAAAUCUCAACUCAAUGUCCAGGAAUCUAAUGUUUGUGACACUUCUAAAACUUUAGCGACAAAGUGUCUAAAUGGAUCUAAACCAGAAAUGACUGCUGCAAAAUAUGUUUGUAUACUUUGUGGAGCUCAUUUCAAAAAAAGAAAAAUAUUGUGUUUACACCUAAAUUUGCAUACUGACCAGAAGAAAUUCUCUUGUAAUGUUUGUCACUUAACAUUUAACAUGAAGUCCCAAUUUGAAUGCCAUAGUUGCAGUUUAAGAAAAAAUAACUUUAAAGGAAAGGACAAUUUUCCUGUUUUAAAAAUUGAUAAGAAUAUACCAAAAAUAAAUUAUCUCCCCUACCCUGACCUAGAUAGAAGGAAACAAAAGGAAAGAAAAAAGAAACAAUUAAACAUUGAUGUGAAAAAAAAAUCUCUAGAUGCUAAAAAGGGUUAUACCACCACUUGCAUUUUGUGUCAAGCAUCAUUCAGCAAUAAAUUAUGUCUUAAUGCUCAUUUAAAAAUGUGUCAGAUGAAAAAAAUAUCAUGCAAAUAUGUUUUCUCCAAUCUAGUAAAAUUAGCAAAUCAUGAAGGCAAGAAACAUGAUAGUAAGAGUGAGUCCUUACAAGCAAUCACUGAAAAAGAGAUUAAUACUACCGGUACUCAAAAGCUGCUACUUUGUAAGCGAUGUGACUUCUCUGCAGUACUUCCAUCUGAUAUGAGAUCUCAUCUCAAGAUACACUCUGAAGACAGAUUUGUAUGUGAGGUUUGUGGUGUAUCCUUUUUAGAGAAGGCUAAACUCAAACGGCAUGAGAUGGUUCACACUGGAGAGCAGCCUUUCAGCUGUGAAGUCUGCGGUAAAUGUUUUGCAGAUAAAUCUCAUCUGACGGUUCAUUUGAGAAUCCAUUCUGGAGAAAAACCAUUUAAGUGUCACUAUGAAGGAUGCACUUCUGCGUUUGUUGAAUCAUCCAAAUUGAAAAAUCACUUGCGUCGACAUACCGGUGAAAAACCUUACAUAUGUGAAGUGUGUGGAUUGUCAUUUGGAGUUCUUUACAGCUUGAAAUCUCAUAUGAGACGACACACCGGAGACAAGCCAUACAAGUGCACAUUCUGUAGUUAUGCUUCCUCACAGUCUUCCAACCUCAAAGCACACAUGACAGUGCACAAUGGCAACAGACACUACUGCAGCAUGUGCACCGCUUCAUUUCAUUCUGUUUCUAAGUUAAACAAACAUGUAACUGUCCAUUUUGAUAUUGAUGAAGAUAAUGCUAAUUUGAAAGCUAAUGCAGUACUAAACAAGGCAGUUUAUAAUAGUGCUAAUUUAAACUAUUUGCCUGCUUACAAAAACAUGAGUUGUACUAAUAUUGCACCAGCUUGUGAGCCCAUAUCGCAGGCUCAUAAUUUUUCAUAUUUGAACUUUGCGCAAAUACAAAAUAAUGACCAGUCUCUAUCACCUUAUGCUGUUCAGGAAGCAAGUUUUUGUGAAAAAAAUGUUUUUCCUAGUCCACAUGGCUUUUCUGAACAUUUUCAAAAUGUUACAAGUAGCAAGAUGAACCACCCUGAGCAAAAUGAGUACUUUACUGAUUCCCUUAGUUCAAAACUGGCCAACCAAUCAGCUUUUACAGCAAGAACUAUUUUUCUGGACCAGGAGCCAUACUUCCAGUAUAAUAGUCUUUCAGUCCGAGCACCACUGGAAUCUGAAGUGUUGUGUAGUGACAGUUAUUUUCAGAAUGUCUCUGAGCAUCUGCUGUUAACAGACUUUGGGAAUAGUGCAAUUCAUAAAUAAAAAUACUUUUUUAUAAAUAGCUGGGUCAAACAGAAUAGAGGUAAAAUCAUUAAUCUACUAUAUCCUAAUAUAAUCAUGUAUAAUGCAGACAAUAACCUUUAUGUUUUUUAAAAUACCUGUAUGCAAGUAUACAUUCACAUUAUCCCUGUGUGCUUUUUUUUUUCUGUGUUUUUAUGCAAUUAAAAUGUUAUCUACACAGACUGAAUUAGACAUUUUGUGUUUGUAAAUAAGAUUUAUCAAUACACUUUAUAAUUUAUCUUUAAAUACAUUAUGUGAUCUACAUGAGGUAAAUAAAUAUGUUUCUAUGGCCACAAUGGUGUUAAAAUAUUGAAUUUGUUUUUGUAUGUUGACGUAUUAUGUUAAACAAACAAUGUUGGAAGCCAUAACAGCAUGAUGCUGACACACUAUCAGAUAUUUGUAUUGAUUGGUAAACAGCUGAAACUAGUCAAACAGAUCUAUAUAAUGCACCAGUAUACACUUACUUCAUUAAUAAGUGUGGUGUUAGGUUGUAGUGCCAGACAGUUUAUAAAAAAAUACCUUGUGGGCAUACCAGUACUUAAACAUUUACACAAAAACUUCUUGUACAAACAGAAUAAGCUCGACUUAAAAUAUUUGCAGCAUUCUGUCAUAUACCUUAGUGAAAAAGUUGUUGAAUGAUUACAAAACAUCUCAAGGCACUUAAAGCUACUGAUUCAACACAUACGCAAGUGCUGUUUUCUUCUGCCUCAGUUGACUCAUCUGCAGUAAUCCAAGAGAAAGUUGUAUCUAGACACACAUAUCCUCUAUUACAAUACUCCUUAAUGAAAAGGAUAUCCUUUCUCUAAGUAAUUAUCUUCAACCCACCCAUCUAUUUCUCUUUCCUCUGGACACAUACACUAUUUCUAUUUGAGGGUUACUGUUGCUCAUUCAACUUCUAGUUAUGGAGUUUAUUUCCUCUACCCCAUGCAUUCUGGAAAUGUUAAUUUGUGGGGCAAAAAGCAACCAUGUAUGUGGUUACAGCUAUAUAAAUGUGACAGACUAUUAUAUUAGAAUAUUUUGGUAAUAAUGUUAGACCCAUCAGUAUAAAUAGCACAGUUACUACAUCUUAACAUUAAGCUUUCAAAUGUAAGCCUAAUUUUAGUAGAUGACCUUUCAAAAAUUUCUUUAGAAACCAACCUUAUAUUUCUGGAGUCUGUUAUUUUUAGAAUUUAGGUACAGUAUAUUGAUUAUAGUGUUUGGAACAAGGAUACUUAACAUUGAGAUAUUUAACUGUCCACAUACAAUAAACAAAAUUGA